UGUAAAGACGAAAGGGCAAGUGCCAUUUUGGUGGUUUUUAGAUUUUUGGACAUAACCAAUGUUUUUUCGGGGGAUGAACAACAGUAAGAGACUCCCAUUCGUGUCUUCGCCUGCUCAAGAUGCUAACCGCAUGGUAUUUUUUAGGCACCGUUCACAUUAAUCGGUAAAAUUCGCAUUUGUUUAAUAAAUUAUUUGUUAUUGACAUUAAUUAUUCGUUUGUUUGCUUCAGAUUCGCUUUUGUGUCAUCGCCUGCUGAUGAUGUUAACCCUAUGGUAUCUUUAGGGAUCGUUAAUUUUAAUCCCUUAAAUUUACAUUUGUUUAAUGAAUUAUUUGUUAUAGACAUUAAUUAUUCGUUUGUUUCAGAUGCAAAUUCGUGUCUUCGCCUGCUGAAGAUGCUCCAUAUCGUAUUUUUAGGUAUCGUUCACAUUAAUCCCUUAAAUUCGCAUUUGUUUAAUUUAAUAAAUAAUUUGUUAUAGACAUUAAUUAUUCGUUUGUUUGUUUCAGAUUCGCUUUCGUGUCAUCGCGUGCUCACGAUGAUAACCCCAUGGUAUUUUUUAGGCACCGUUCACAAUAAUCCCUUAAAUUCGUAUUUGUUUAAUAAAUUAUUUGUUAUAGACAUUAAUUAUUCGUUUGUUUGUUUCAGAUUCGCUUUCGUUUCAUCGUCUGCUGAUGAUGCUAACCCUAUGGUAUCUUUAGGGAUCGUUCACUUUAAUCCCUUAAAUUCACAUUUGUUUAAUAAAUUAUUUGUUAUAGACAUUAAUUAUUCGUUUGUUUCAGAUGCCCAUUCGUGUCUUCGCCUGCUGACGAUGCUAACCCCAUGUUCUUUUCAUAGAUCGUUUACUUUAAUCCCUUAAAUUCGUAUUUGCUUAAUAAAUUAUUUGUUAUUGACAUUAAUUAUUCGUUUGUUUGCUUCAGAUUCGCUUUAUUGUGUCAUCGCCUGCUGAUGAUGUUAACCCUAUGGUAUCUUUAGGGAUCGUUAAUUUUAAUCCCUUAAAUUUACAUUUGUUUAAUGAAUUAUUUGUUAUAGACAUUAAUUAUUCGUUUGUUUCAGAUGCAAAUUCGUGUCUUCGCCUGCUGAAGAUGCUCCAUAUCGUAUUUUUAGGUAUCGUUCACAUUAAUCCCUUAAAUUCGCAUUUGUUUAAUUUAAUAAAUAAUUUGUUAUAGACAUUAAUUAUUCGUUUGUUUGUUUCAGAUUCGCUUUCGUGUCAUCGCGUGCUCACGAUGAUAACCCCAUGGUAUUUUUUAGGCACCGUUCACAAUAAUCCCUUAAAUUCGUAUUUGUUUAAUAAAUUAUUUGUUAUAGACAUUAAUUAUUCGUUUGUUUGUUGCAGAUUCGCUUUCGUUUCAUCGUCUGCUGAUGAUGCUAACCCUAUGGUAUCUUUAGGGAUCGUUCACUUUAAUCCCUUAAAUUCACAUUUGUUUAAUGAAUUAUUUGUUAUAGACAUUAAUUAUUCGUUUGUUUCAGAUGCCCAUUCGUGUGAUCGCGUGCUCACGAUGAUAACCCCAUGGUAUUUUUAGGCACUGUGCACAUUAAUCCCUUAAAUUCGCAUUUGUUUAAUAAAUUAUUCGUUAUAGACAAUAAUUAUUCGUUUGUUUCAGAUACCCAUUCGUGUCUUCGCCUGCUGAACACUCCAUGAUAUUUUUGGGAAUCGCUCACAUUAAUCCCUUAAAUUCGCAUUUGUUUAAUAAAUUAUUCGUUAUAGACAUUAAUUAUUCGUUUGUUUCAGAUGCCCAUUCGUGUGCUCGUCUGCUGACGAUGAUAACCCCAUGGUAUUUUUAGGGGUCGUUCACAUUUAUCCCUCAAAUUCGCUGAAUUCGCAUUUGUUUAAUAAAUUAUUUGUUAUCGCCAUUUUAAUUAAUACUUUUUUUAUAAAUUCCCAUUCAUGUCUACGCCUACGGACGAUGCCAACUCGAUUACGAUGGUAUUUUUAAGGAUCGCUCGCAUUAAUCCCUUAAAUUUGCAUUUGUUUAAUAAAUUAUUCGUUAUAGACAUUAUUCGUUUGUUUCAGAUAUACCUACCCAUUCGUCUCUUCACCUGCUGAAAACUCCAUGAUAUUUUUAGGGAUCGCUCACAUUAAUCCCUUAAAUUUGCAUUUGUUUAAUAAAUUAUUCGUUAUAGACAUUAAUUAUUCGUUUGUUUCAGAUGCCCAUUCGUGUGCUCGUCUGCUGACGAUGAUAACCCCAUGGUAUUUUUAGGGGUCGUUCACAUUUAUCCCUCAAAUUCGCUGAAUUCGCAUUUGUUUAAUAAAUUAUUUGUUAUCGCCAUUUUAAUUAAUACUUUUUUUAUAAAUUCCCAUUCAUGUCUACGCCUACGGACGAUGCCAACUCGAUUACGAUGGUAUUUUUAAGGAUCGCUCGCAUUAAUCCCUUAAAUUUGCAUUUGUUUAAUAAAUUAUUCGUUAUAGACAUUAUUCGUUUGUUUCAGAUAUACCUACCCAUUCGUCUCUUCACCUGCUGAAAACUCCAUGAUAUUUUUAGGGAUCGCUCACAUUAAUCCCUUAAAUUUGCAUUUGUUUAAUAAAUUAUUCGUUAUAGACAUUAAUUAUUCGUUUGUUUCAGAUACCCAUUCGUGUAUUCGCCUGCUGAAAACUCCAUGAUAUUUUUAGGGAUCGCUCACAUUAUUCGCAUUUGUUGAAUAAAUUAUUCGAUAUCGUGUCUACCGCAUGGUACUUGGUAGCAUUAUGUAUGCAACAAUUGUGAUAUACUGUUUUGCCAAAGAGUACCUAUGCAUAGUCUUUGGUUUUGCUUAGGAUUAAAAUUCGAUGCUGUACUAGGCUAAUGGCUCCCACUGCAGAAUUUUCGUGUGUAUAUCAAUUUUACUUUGCAGCUAUGCCAAAGUGACGCACAAAACAUUAGGCAACAUUGUGCACUUUUUGACGUUUCUUUAUUGAUUAAACUGAAAUUUGUUCCAUCUUUAACUCUGCACCGAAACUUAAGAUAACUGCUAUAAAGUAAAGAUUGAAGGGAACACUGACCAGCAAGCAGCCUGCCCUACUGUAAAACAAUCUAUUUGUCUCUGGCGGGUAGGUAUACUGAUCUUUGAUUCUCCUAGAGAAUCCCUCGACACCGUCGGCGGCCAUGAAGAACAACUCAAAACACGUCAAGAGCACCACGAGCAUAUAAAAGUAGCCGUAUACCAAUAUCGCCUCGCGUUUCUCGAUGAUCACCUCGUAGAGGAACAGAGCGCCCAAACCAAUGCAGGCGAUGCAUCCAAACUCACGGAGCCGUUUCAGAUCGGACGCCUGAAAUGAAUUCUCGUCGGAGGCCAGGAGAAGAAAUGAGGUGAGGAUGUGGAUCAAGGCGAUGAUGGUGCAAGCGUUUUUUAGAUUGACGCAAAAGCAGCAGCUUGCAAAGCGUUUUUCGUGACACAUUUCUGACGUUUUACAUGUCAACGUUCGCAAGGAAAUACAAAUGCAAGAACUCCUACACACGCUCGCUCGUAUAUACUACCAAUUUGCCGAUGGACUGAUUGGUUUACGGUUGGCUGGCUAUUGUGGUAAAGGCCUAAUUUCGGGUUGUGCGCCCCUUUUCACCGCAAUCAACACUUGGGAUGUGUUUGUGUGCUUCUUAGAAACUUCACCAUUAAUGAUUAAAAAAACAUACAAUUCUUUAAAAAUUGUAAAAAAAUCUUAUUUGCCAUCCAUGUCUUCAUCUGCUGAUAAAGUUCACCAUCCAUCCAUUCAAGAGUUACUAAAAAAGGCAGAAAAGGUUCGAAAUCACUCAUACUCGCCAUACAGCCAAUUCAAAGUGGGUGCAAGUGUGCUAACUGAAGACAAUGAAAUCUUCGCAGGUUGCAAUGUAGAAAACGCAACUUUUACAAGCAUUUGCGCUGAAAGGACAGCUUACGUAAAAGCUAUAAGUGAAGGGAAAACUAAGUUUAAGGCAGUUGCCGUUGUUGGUUUUCAAGAGAAUUUUGUAGUAGCUCCGUGUGGCACUUGUCGGCAAUUUAUGAGCGAAUUUGGUAACGUGGAAAUUUAUAUGGCAAAGCCGAAUCUUGACGAAAUUAAGGUUUCCACUUUAGAUGUGCUAUUACCAUGCCAAUUCCAUUUUCAUUAAACUUUUCUGAGUUCGCGAA